AAUAUUUGGUCGCGUUGCUGGACAGGGAUGGGCAUCAUCAACCCGUUGGCAUCAUCGGGGGCAAAUCACCCCUCCCUCAUCCACACAUCAUCGCGCACACAGCCCAGACUCACACGCACACGCACACACACACACACACGCACAUACACAAACACACACGGAAUUUCGGCUCAGCCAUGGCUCCCUGUUAGAUGCUCAAAGCGGCUGUUGUCAGAGCGAAUUAUAUCUACUCUCGCUCGCUGCUUUCCUCCUGACCUUGCCUGCCUCCGGUUGGGUUUUUAAUAUUUUAUUUAGGAUUCCUGCGCUGCCUCCCCAUGGCUACAUCGGAUGGACUAGACGGCUGUCUGCAGCGAGGCAGAUCUCAAAGUGACCCGAACAUACUCACCGAACCGGGCAUCGAGUUGGCUCACGGCACAGAUGUGGUGGACCAGCAGAGGGUGCUGAGGACAGGUUGCUUGGUGACUGGGGUGCACACACCGCCAAUCCGACGUAACAGCAAGCUGGCCACCCUGGGGCGCAUCUUCAAGCCCUGGAAGUGGAGGAAAAAGAAAAACGAGAAGCUCAAGCAGAGUUCCACAGAUGUAGCAUUAUCGAGUGGCCUUCUAUGCCACGACCCAAACUCCCCCACCCAAGGCUGCUGCUCGGAUGGUGCGGUCUUACUUGGAGGAUUUGGGGGACCAUUGAAUCCAAACCUCACAGUAAGCAGUGUGGAAUACCUUGGUCCUGAGGAGGAGCAUCCCCCUUCAGUAGCCGCCCCUCUCCAAGACUGUGAACGGGUGGAGGAGAAUGUGCGACUACCGGAGGAGGAGGGAGAUGAGGAGGUGCACCCUGCAGGGGAUUUACCUGAGGGACUGCAGGACAUGGGAGAACAGAUGGAAGAGAGAUCAGAGGAAGAGAUUCCUCCAGGAACUUCCCCACCACAAGUACCUCCAAAACUUUUGCCCCAGCUGAGCACUGGAGAUGAUUCAGGUCCUGUAUCACUCCCUACUCAUCUGCCCAACUCCUACCUCCCCAAGGAGCCUCUACCCAGGGCCACAGAAAGUCUGGCCUCAAUGACCCUGCCACUAAGAGGGCCUCUGGCCAACCCCUCAGGGUCCCCACAUCUAGGCAAUAUGAUACACCCUCCCAUGCCCCCUAGCUGCAUAAUGGAGGAACUGCAAAGAGCUUUCGCUUCUAAGAACAGACAGGAGAGUGUCCAUGAUGGGUGUGAGCAGGGCUCACCCCCGCGGAUGUGGUGCUCCGACGGACGGCUCUCUCGCUCCUGCAGCUCAGAUAACCAACACACAUCGUCUCUGGGGGGAAGUUGUUUGGGGAUUGGAGGGUCUGACUGGCCCAAGAAGGAGGCAGAGGAGAACAAGGAGAAUGUGCGGCUGGACCAGUGCUUCUCCAACACCUCAGGCGUCCCCACCGACUUGGACGGCUGGAACGAGUCUGUUAUCUCUGGCACACUUCCUCGCAGGCUAAGGAAGGAGUUGCUGGCUUUCAAACUACGAAACAGGCCCAGCAAGCAGGAGCUGGAAGACAGGAAUAUCUUCCCAGCAAGGAGUGAUCAGGAGCGCCAGGAAAUUCGCCAGCAGAUUGAGAUGAAACUCGCCAAGAGGCUGAGCCAGAGACCGAAUGUGGAGGAGCUGGAGAGUCGGAACAUUUUGAAACAGAGAAAUGACCAGACAGAACAGGAGGAGAGGAGGGAGAUCAAACAGCGGCUAAACAGAAAGCUCAACCAGCGGCCCACAGUAGAUGAACUGCGGGACAGAAAGAUCCUCAUCCGCUUCAGUGACUAUGUGGAGGUAGCUAAAGCUCAGGACUACGACAGGAGAGCAGACAAGCCCUGGACUCGUCUGUCAGCAGCAGACAAGGCUGCAAUCCGGAAAGAGCUGAACGAGUUUAAGAGCACCGAGAUGGAAGUGCAUGCCUCAAGCAAACAUCUAACGAGGUUCCACCGACCGUGAAAGUGCGGAGUUUCUUCUGUGAAGAAAUGCUGAGCUUUGACAUUUCCUGAAGCUGCUAGAAGCUGCUCAGUGGCGACAGUUCAAAGAGCCCGGAGCCUUUCUGUCUUCGGCGCGCCUUUUUUUAAGAAUCUUCCGCCACCCUUGACCAUCAUAUUAUCAGUAUGAAGUCACGGGUGUGGGAGAGACGAUGAUGGUAAUGUUAGCACUGGCGUGUCCUGGAGACUGCUGAGUGCCAACGUGGAAACUGGCAGGUGGAAGAGACUUUGGUGGAGCCUCUGACUCUCAGGACAAGAGCAGAGGAUUAAAAAAACAAAAACAAAACAAUCUUGUCAUUCAUUGUUUUUUUUUCUUUUUUUUGUACUAAUUCAUGGACUCCUGACAAGAUGGUGUGAAUCUGUGUAGUGGGAAGAAGUUGUGCAUGUGACCAGCUUCACCUUUUCUUAACUGAUGAAUAAUGUGUCAAGACUGUGUAAAGACUGCAGUGUGGGGGAGGUGGUGUUGGGGGUUGAAUUUGAUAUCAACUGUACAUACAGUAUGUCAAUCAGAAUGGGACCGUUGACGUCUUCACUGAAAAGAGAAAUACCUUUGUAAGCACUUACUUGUCUUCAAAAUACAAGGCCUUUUUUUUAAAAAACUGUGCUGCUUCAUUUAUUUUUAAAACAACUUUAUUUUCAUUUAACAAUAUGGUAGAGGAGUUAUUAAAAAGUAAUCAAUACAAUUAAGAUCUUGAAGGUUUAGUUGGCCAUUUCUAGUACUUAACAAGCUUCAAUGAAUAAAUCAAGAAUUAGGGUUAAAAAUAGAGUCAAGUCAAUGAAUAGCAUGGGAGAGCUUACAAUAACACCAAAACUUAUUCAAUUUAUAAAAGCCAUAAAAUAACAACAGAA